CAGGGUCGUUUCAUCACCAGUCUCACAACGGCUGCUGUUCGAGAAAGGUCUCGGCAGUUUCAAUUUUCAAGCUGUUUAUCGAUAAGCGGCGUCACUUUCACAACUCUUCGCCCAAGAGACAAAUUGACACUUGCAGCCCUCCAGCAGUUCUCUGUCAUGGCUGAGUUCGAGGGCAGUCCUGCGGACAACGUCGACUGUAACAUUGUUUCGUACAAGGGCUCAAAUUCUUGUUUGAGUCCCAGUCGUAUCGACGAACUACGGUUGCAUGACGAAGGUGACGGCUGUGAAGUGAAAGAUGCGAGCGGUGCUGUGAAUAAGCUUAGUCCUACCCAUCUUGUGCCCAAAACACUAGGUCAAGACAGAGGCUCUGUUGCACAGUGUUCCGCUUCCGGUUUCCCUGGGGGUACAUUACGCUGUGACAAUUGUGGUUGUGCUCUUCCUAUAGGCUAUGCCGAUUCUAUAUGCGGCGGCUGCAGUGUUGGCCAUGGCUCUCAGGAAAGAAGUGGUUCUACUGAGCAGUGCAAAGACCUUAACAUACCCGAAAAGAAAAAGGGAACCUCUCGAGUGCCCGACGUCGAGGGUGAAGAAAAAUUAAACGAAGAAAAGAAGGCAAUAGAAGCUUACGGAGUCAAGAUACUGGACCCUUCUCUUCUUCAGGACUGCAAAUACUUGGCAUCCGGCAACCGCUCUCUCGUAAAGUCGCUGCACCAUAAGGAGUGGGAAGCGCACUGCGCAAAGGUAUUUUAUCCAGACAAAAAUUCGGACGAGACUGACUUUUGUUUCAAGCGGAUGCUUGCUGAAGCAUCAUCACUUCAAAUAAUCUUGAAUAUAACUGGUGUUCCGAAGAUGGCGGGCGUGACAAUGCGACCCUACGCCAUAGUGAUGACCCGACACGGCGACUCGUUGUCGACCUGGUUGCGGACUUGUAACACUCCCCCGUUUUUUUUACUGGUCGUCCUUCUCAAGACGGCCAUCAUCGUUCGUAGCGUUCACGCCCUGGGUUACACCCACAACGACAUCAAGAACGACAACAUCUGCGUGAAACUCCCGUCGGAGGACGGAAUGGUCGAGGUCACGGUUAUUGACUGGGGCCUCAUGACGAAGAUUGGCAAGCCGCUCUGGCCUGAGCAUCGACGGAACAGGAAGGACGCCGUGCGGGCCUUGGAGGAUGCCCGGAGGAGGAGCCACCGAAAUAUCGCUCCUUAUCUCUACCACGGAGGGGCCUCGCUUCCUUCGACGGACGCUUACGCCAUGGCGGUCCUCAUCCACGAUUUGAAAGAGAGGAUAAUAAAAAAUUUCGAGAAUGACGGCCUCUCGAGGCUCGUCGACGCGUAUCUAUGUACCAACGGAGGGAAAUGCUGCAUGGAGAAAGUCGUCGUUGAGUUGCAACAAGAAAUUCAAUGCAGGAAUAAGAAAUACUUUGAUAAGUUUAAGAACCACCUGACGGAACAGCAAAGUGGACAUCCAAACGUGUGAUGCCUACUUUCAAGUAUUAAACGAAAUAGAUAGUUUGAUUUUUAGAGAGAUUUGAGUUAGAUCAGAUUCCAGAGGGUGAAACCUCUCGUAAGGUGCUCGCUGAGAGCAACAGUUCUUUUUAAUUCAUAUUUUAUGACAAGACUGUCAAUCACUUAAUACUCAGAUUAAAUGGCUGUUGUAUGAUUGUAAUACAAUAAAUUUCGAAUACUAACGG